UAUGUCGGAUCAUUGGUCUAUUAUCAAGUGACGUAAACAAAUCGCGUAGUAUACGAAGCGAAACAAAUAUGAAUUUAUUGUAUCGAAUAUCUCCAAAACAUAUAAUUUCUACAUGUUAUAAAAUACAAACGAAUAAUUAUGCUGCACCAGGUUCAAAGGCAUCAACUGGGAAAGGUGUAACUGGAAAGAAAGGUGUAAUUUCACAUAAGAUACAAUUUCCAGUCGAAAAGGACACUAAUAAGUUAAUAACUUAUGUCUGCGGAUCUAAUUAUUUUAAAGAAGGAGAGGAUAUUAAAUUGAAACCUGACUCCGAAUAUCCUGAUUGGCUUUGGACUCUUCCACUAACACCUAAGAGCUUAGAUGAAAUGGAUCCAAAUACAAAACAAUAUUGGCGAAAAUUAAGGAAGCUUGGAAUUAAAAAUAAAAAUCUACAGAAAAAAUUCAAAUAAUUCCAAUAUAUGAAGUGUCCUUAUUAUGUAUUAUAUAUAUAUAUAUAUAAUUUAAUGGGAUUUUCAUAAAAGGAAAUAUGUAAUAUAUUUAAUUAUGUAAAUAGUGAGCUUUUAUCAAGAACCAAUAAAAUAAGAUAAAAAAUUUUUAAUCGA